CGGCCGGAGCCUCAGCGGCGCCGCAGGUGGGAGCCUCGCUCCGAGCCCCACCGAGCCCCGUCGAUCCCGCGGCUCCCGGCGCCGCUUCCCCGCCCGGAGCCGGCCCCCUCCCCGCGGGGCUGCCCCCGGGGGCGGUGGGGAUGCGGCAGCGCCCAGCUCCCCCCCGGCGAGCGCGGAGCAUGGCCAGGGCUCCCGGGGCAGCAUGGCCCUGAGCGCCGCCCCUGCCGCCGAGCCGCUGCCCCGCAGCAUCUUCAAGAAGUUCCUGGUGAUGCUCUGCUCGCUCCUCAUGUCCCUCUACGUCUUCUACUGCCUGGCCGACCGCUGCCAGACCCUGCCCGGCCCCAUCAUCGCCGCCUCGGAGGAGGAGGAGGAGGGCGGCGGCGGGGGGGAGGUCCUGGGGGGCUCCGCCGAGCUGCACCCCUGGCAGGCGGCGGCGGCGCGGAGGAAGCGGCUGCUGCAGCGGCUGAAGCAGCGGCGAAGGCGGCGGGACCGGGGAGGGGACGGAAGCGGGGGGGCGGCCGGCACUGGCGGCAGCCUGGCGAGCACGGGGGGCAGCCUGGCGAGCAGGGCAGGUAGCCUGGCGAGCACGGGGGGCAGCCUGGCGAGCAGGGCAGGCAGCCUGGCGAGCACUGGGGGCAGCCUGGCGAGCAGGGCAGGCAGCCUGGCGCUGCUGCUGGGCGACGGCACGAAGCGGCUGCCGCAAGCCAUCAUCAUCGGCGUCAAGAAGGGCGGCACGCGGGCGCUGCUGGAGUUCCUGCGGGUGCACCCCGACGUGCGCGCCGUGGGCGCCGAGCCCCACUUCUUCGACCGCAACUACGAGCGGGGACUCGCCUGGUACAGAGACCUCAUGCCCAGGACCCUGGAGGGGCAGAUCACCAUGGAGAAGACUCCCAGUUACUUUGUCACCAAGGAAGCCCCAGCUCGCAUCUCCUCCAUGUCCAAGGGCACCAAGCUCAUCGUGGUGGUGCGGGACCCCGUGACCAGAGCCAUCUCGGACUACACUCAAACUCUCUCCAAGAAGCCAGAUAUCCCCACCUUCGAGAGCUUGACCUUCAAAAACAGGACUACGGGCCUCAUUGACACCUCGUGGAGCGCCAUCCAGAUUGGCAUCUACGCCAAGCACCUGGAGAACUGGCUCCUUUACUUUCCCAUUGGGCAGAUCCUCUUUGUCAGCGGGGAGAGGCUGAUCAGCGACCCCGCGGGGGAGCUAGGCAGGGUCCAGGACUUUCUGGGCCUCAAGAGGAUCAUUACCGACAAACACUUCUACUUCAACAAAACCAAGGGGUUCCCAUGCCUGAAGAAGGCGGAGGGCAGCAGCAAACCCCACUGCCUGGGGAAAACGAAGGGCAGGACCCACCCCGACAUAGACCAGGAGGUGGUACAGAGACUGCGGGACUUCUACCGGCCCUUCAACAUGAAGUUCUACCAGAUGACGGGGCAGGACUUCGGCUGGGACUGAGGCUGAAAAAAUAAUUUAAGAAAAGGAAAAUAUAAUAUAAUAUAUAUUUUUUUUACAUAUCAGUAGAGAGGGGAAAAAUACAGAAAAAAAAUAAUAGUUGUGUUGCAACAUGAUUUGUUCUGAUUUAUCUUUUUUUUUUCUUUUUUUUUGACAUUGCUUUUUUCCCCUUUCUUCUCUUAGGGGUGAGGUGAUGUGGUUGUCCAGAAAAGGAGAAUGGGAGAAUGUGAACAGCAACCUGGUCCUAUUGGCACUGCCUGCAGGUUGGCUGCUUCCCUUGAUGGGCCCAAGGUUUAGCUCUGUCUCUGUAAAAUAAUGCAGAUUAAAGGUUUUUAGAUGUCCACAUGUCCACCUCCAAAAGUGACAAGGGUGGGGCUUGGGGGAACUCAAAGCCUUAUUGGAAGGUCAGCCAGAUUUUGGCUUGCAAAUGCCAUUUUAGACCAGACCUCAUCACUUCUGACAAUAAAGCAAGUCAUAGAAUCAUAGAACCGUUACGGUUGGCAAAGACCUCCAAGAUCAUCCUGUCCAACCAUCAGUUCAACACAACUGUUACUACUAAACCAUGUUCCAAAAUGGUAUGACCACAUGGUUUUUGCACACCUCCAGGGAAGGAGAUUCCACCAGUGCCCCGGGCAGCCUCUGCCAGAGUUUCACCCCUCUGUCGGUAAAGACAUUUUUUCCUAAUAUCCAAUCUAAACCUCCCGUGGUGCAACUUAAGGCCACUUCCUCUUAUCCCAUCACUGAUUACUUGGGAGAAAAUACCAGCACCCACCUCACCACAAUCUCCUUUCUGUGCAGAGCAAUGAGGUACCCCCUCAGUCUCCUCUUCUCCAGGCUAAAUAGCCCCAGGUCCCUCAGUUGCUCCCAGAGCCCCCAGGCUCCAGCCCCUUCCCCAGCUCCAUUCCCCUUCUCCAGACAUGGUCCAGACCUUCAACAUCUUUCUUGUACUGAGGGGCAACUGAACCCAGGAUUCAAGGUGCAGCCUCACCAGCGUUGAGGCCGGGGAGUUGAUCCCUUCCCUGCUCCUACUGGCCACACCAUGGCUGAUCCAAGCCAGGAUGCUCUUGGCCUUCUUGGCCACCUGGUCCACUGCUGGCUCAUGUUCAGCCACUGUCAACCAGCAACCCCAGGUCCUUUUCUGCUGGGCACCUUUCCAGGCACUCUUCCCAAAGCCUGGAGCAUUGCACAGGGUUGGUGUGACUCAAAUGCAGGACCAAGCACUCAGCCUUGUUGAACCCCAUCCCAUUGGCAUCAACCAUCAAUCCAGCCUGUCCAGAUCCCUCUGCAGACCCUUCCUGCCCCCCAGCAGAUCAACACUCCUGCCCAACUUAAUGUCCUCUGCAAACUGAUUCAGGGUGCCCUCGAUCCCAUCAUUCGGAUCAUCAAUAAUGAUACUGAACAGAGGCAGCCCCAACACUGAGCCCUGGGGACACGGCUUGUGACUGGCUACCGAUGGGAUUUAACUCCAUUCACCACAGCUUUCUGAGCCUGGCCACCCAACGAGUUUUUAACCUAGCAAAGAAUAUACUCAUCCAAGCCAUGAGCCACCAGCAAAUGAGGCUUAAUAUCUAAUUUGGCUUUCAAAACUUUACCACAAGGGGUUCUUUUUUAUUGCAUGAAACAUUUCAUGAUUUUUUUUUCAUUUAUCCAAUUCCUGGUUUCUUUUGUCCCACCUAAGUCAAGUUCUUUUUUUCAUCCACCAGACUUAUUUUUCACCUUAUAGAACGCAAAAUCUAUAAUUGUUUGUUUUGUUUUGAGUCAAAACAAUUUUGGUAGCCAAAAGUGAAAGAAAACAAAUGAUUCUUUUGACUUUAUGAUGAAAAAUACCAAGUAGUCAAAAGGCCUCAUUCACAUGAGCUGUCUCUGAACCCAUGUUCCCCACUACCAGCAGUGUGUGCCCCUUUUGCUGUGCUGACAGCAGAGCAUUUUUCCCAGCGGUGGGGCAUCUGAAGGGAUUUGGGUGGUGGGUGAGGAAGGUCCACACUAAUAGGAUGCUCAUCAUACUUCCCUUGAAGGGGAUGGGGAACCAACCAUCUCCCCACUUGUAUGUAGGAAACAACUUGACAGGGACUGGUGGAUGGUAGUUAAUAGUAAUGGUUGAACAGGAUGAUCUUCGAGGUCUUUUCCAACCAUAACGAUUCUAUGAUUCUAUAAUGAAUAUUUUAAGUUGGGCCAGCCUUAAAAAAGCGGAGAAAGGGUUGUUUGGAAAAGAAUGAAAAAAACUCAUACCCAAAAAGGGGAGACAAUGAGAAGAAGUUUUCUUGUCCUUUCCUAAAGAAGAAGUGAAGGGGAAGCAGGCACAGAGGUAUUGCUUGUGCAAGUAAGAAUUGCCAGGCAAAACAAAUCCCCUGUUUGCAAUAACCAGGAGCUUUAAAUUCUUUGCUUUGAUGUUUAUCACCUUUUUUGGCUUGUAGAAAUGUCUCAGCAGCAGAAAUCUAUUAGUGAAGGAGGCUCUUGUAUUACCAUAGGCUCAUUUAUCUGCCGGCUCUUUAUCUUCAGCUUUCCUGGACCAUAGGCACACCCUAUUAUCGCUUGGUGUUGUAUAAACACAACAGGAUGGUGCUCCCUCUCCCGAGUUUAACUUUAAAAAGGGCCUGAUGGGGUAAAACAAACUAAGUGGGGGAUCUGCUGACAGUCUGGUUAGGCAGAAGCCUGGGGGACCAAGCUCACUGCCCAAGAUCUUAAUAAAAUCCCCGGAGAGCAGAGAUUUCAAGGAGUCCAGAGAGAAUUGUAUAUGAAAUUACAAUCUGGCUCAAGAGGGAAUCAUUCCACCUUGUCUUGCUUGGCAGGUUAGGAAAAUGUCCUGCUGGCUGCUCAGCUCCAUGGCAGCAAGGUCUGCUGGUGUUGAGCCACACUCUGCCCUGAGCCUGCUCCUACACAUCCCUACAGGCCUCCCUCCAUUCCCAAGGAUGCCGAGCCCUGGGACCUUCCUGUCCUCUGAAGACACAAACCCACAUGAUUUUGCAUGCAAGGCCCAUUUCCCAAGGUUAUUAAAAUAAAUUCUUUAGUGCUGUGAGAACCCAGGACUUUCUCCCACCAUUGUCAUCCCAAGGCGUUAUCUGAGCUCAGGUUUCCAUGCCCUGGCUGGUGGAAUGCUGGUGAUGGGCUGGUGAUGGGCUAGUGGCACCUGAACUAGGCUGUGUUCAACUGUCUAUCCUGGAAUUGCUCAGUGACACCAUCACUACCUCCAUUAAUGCCUUCACCCCAUCCCACGAUUGUUGUUCCAAUGUGUCCCAUUUUAAGUGCUUUUUUUUGUCAAUGUCCCGUGUCACAUGUGGGUAAACAUAUUACAUAAUUGCCUUCUGCAAACACCUUACAGGAGAAAGAGAUGAGGGAUCACACAGACCCCCUACAGCCCUUAUCUGCCUCCCUUCAGCCCCGCAAUAUUCAUGCAAGAGAUGACAUGAGAAAAUCAAAGAUGGUCAGCCAGCUUUGGCUUCUUGGGGUGCCUCAAUGCUAGAGCUCAGUGCUCCCAAAUCAGAAGCACCUAGAAGAGUUUUGGGGUCUUGCUAAUCAUCUCCCCAAAGUGUCACUGGAGAAGAGGUGAGCAAUCUGCUCUCUGCCCAUGCCGGUCAGAUUAAAGGGGAAUGGGCUUAAGGUGUAACCAAAGGGGUGGGUGUUGAUUAUUGGGAAAACUUUCCUAACAGCAAAGCUUACUGGAACAGGAAUGGGAGAUGGCCACCACCUCUCCGAUGCUGUGCUCUUCCAUCCACAUGCAAAAGCCAAGCUGGCGGCGAGAAUGAGGCAACAGUUUCCCACAGGCACAACCAAGCAAUCCCAGCAUUACCAAGGCACAAAAGAUCUCAGGUUUUCGAAGCUGAAAAGAAGAUUUAAGCAUGUCAUUUCUUUGGUAUCUCAAGGAGACUUAAGGUUGGGCUAAUCUGUACAUGCCUCUGACCAGUAUAAAUAUCACUUAGGAGUAUGAUUUAAAAAAAUCAAUAUAAUGAUAUUGCUAUUGUCUCUCAUAUGGUCACAUUUAGCCCAGUAUAAAGCAGCUUUAUAGUGCUAUAGAUUGUUCUUCCCAUAAUGAACUCGCUACAGCGAUACUGAGUAUCGUCACACAAAUGAGUUUCUACAUCUGCCACCAAAUCAUUGUAAGUAAAUUAGUAGAGCUUCGGUGUGUGGACAAGACUUAACUGUCAUGUGUGCCUUCAAAAAAACCUUCCCAUCACAUUGAGCUCAAGUACAAAGGCAAACUUCCCCAAAAAGGCUGACCAU